AGAGAGGCGAGCGCGCGUGCGCGCCCCCGGCCGGCUGUCGCCGCGGUGACCGUCCUCGGAGUCCGUCGGCUCGCGCCCCGCCCCCGUUCCUGCUGCCCCCUCCCCUGUAGUGCGCGGAGGGGUGUUUCUCGCUCCUCCCGAGUUGCCGCUGGCGUCGCUGCUCCUCCUCUCCCAGCGUUGGGUUUCCCUGGCGCUGCCGCUGCCGCUACCUCUGCGGUCUGCAUGAGGAGGAGGAGGAUGUGAAGAUGGCGGAGCUGCAGAUGCUGCUGGAGGAGGAAAUCCCGGGGGGCCGCCGGGCCCUCUUCGACAGUUACACGAAUCUGGAGCGAGUGGCCGAUUACUGCGAGAACAACUACAUCCAGUCAGCAGAUAAGCAGCGAGCCCUAGAAGAAACCAAAGCCUACACCACCCAGUCCUUAGCAAGUGUUGCCUAUCUGAUAAAUACCCUGGCCAACAAUGUCCUGCAGAUGCUGGAUAUCCAGGCAUCCCAGCUACGAAGGAUGGAAUCAUCAAUCAAUCAUAUUUCACAAACUGUUGAUAUUCAUAAAGAGAAAGUUGCAAGAAGAGAAAUUGGUAUUUUGACUACCAAUAAAAAUACUUCAAGGACACAUAAGAUUAUUGCUCCAGCCAAUCUUGAACGACCAGUUCGUUAUAUUAGAAAACCUAUUGACUAUACAAUUCUAGAUGAUAUUGGACAUGGAGUAAAGGUGAGUACCCAGAAUAUGAAGAUGGGUGGGCUGCCGCGUACAACACCUCCAACUCAGAAACCCCCCAGUCCCCCUAUGUCAGGGAAAGGGACACUUGGGCGGCACUCCCCCUAUCGCACACUGGAGCCAGUGCGUCCUCCAGUGGUACCAAAUGAUUACGUACCUAGCCCAACCCGUAAUAUGGCUCCCUCGCAGCAGAGCCCUGUGAGGACAGCUUCUGUGAAUCAAAGAAAUCGAACUUACAGCAGCAGUGGGAGUAGUGGAGGAAGCCACCCAAGUAGUCGGAGCAGCAGUCGGGAGAACAGUGGAAGUGGGAGUGUGGGCGUUCCCAUUGCUGUUCCUACUCCCUCUCCUCCAAGUGUCUUUCCAGGUCAUCCUGUCCAAUUCUAUAGCAUGAAUAGACCUGCCUCUCGCCAUACUCCCCCAACAAUAGGGGGCUCGUUGCCCUAUAGACGCCCUCCUUCCAUAACUUCACAAACAAGCCUUCAGAAUCAGAUGAACGGAGGCCCUUUUUAUAGCCAGAAUCCAGUAUCUCUUGCUCCUCCUCCUCCCUCCAUUCUACAGGUAACUCCUCAGUUACCUUUAAUGGGAUUUGUGGCCAGAGUCCAAGAAAAUAUUUCAGAUACACCACCACCACCACCACCUGUGGAAGAACCAGCCUUUGAUGAAUCCCCCCCUCCCCCUCCUCCCCCAGAAGAUUAUGAAGAGGAGGAGGCAGCUGUGGUUGAGUAUAGUGAUCCUUACGCUGAAGAGGAUCCUCCAUGGGCUCCAAGAUCUUAUUUGGAAAAGGUUGUGGCAAUUUAUGAUUAUACAAAAGACAAAGAAGAUGAGCUGUCCUUUCAGGAAGGAGCCAUUAUUUAUGUCAUCAAGAAGAACGACGAUGUUCCCACAGCUCACACUACAGCAGAGAAGACAACUGUGCAACGAGAGUUGGUGGUGACCGGCUUGCCUGUGGGACCCCUGCUGGACUGGGGAGUGCAGAGGACACUGGUGAAGUCCUUCAUACUGAAGACCAGCGGGGGAUCCAAGAGUCAACCGAUUUUUUCUAUAUCAUUUAGUACUAAUGUGAGUGAUUUUUUUUUUUUUAAACAAUACCUGUUAGUGGAUUUUCUGCAUAUUUUAAAUUUUUGUAGUUUUGAAUUCUGUAUAUUGUCUUGGAAGGAUACUAUGUAAUGAUGAUGGGCCAGGCCUACAGUAAUUGGAGACUUUUAAUGUAUGUAAUAUUUCAUAGAUUGCAUGCUAUUAUAGUCUGUGAGAAUAGUAUUUCUUGUUUAACGUAAGUUUCCCCCAUUUUUUUUUUUUUUAUGAACUUUGAGACUAGAUGGUUGGCAGUAGGAAUUCCGAGUGAAUGUAGAAAUUUUACAUGCUACGCAAUAUUGUGGCAAAGAUGAUCCAAAUCUAAAAUCUGCUGACCAGUAAGCAAGCAUUAUCAGGACAGAGAGAAUUCAUGGGAGGGGAUUUUUCUUCCUGAAAUGUUUCUUGACUUGGUACUCACUCUUUUUAUCUUUUUUUUUUUUUUAAGUGACUUAAAAAAUCAUUUUUUGGUUUUACUGUUUGAAAGGCCAUGGGGACGUGAAUGAAAAUAGUUGUCAACUUGUUGGCCUUAUGGCCAAGGCAGUAAAUCCAAAGCAAAAAGUGUUAAUGUGUCAAAAUCUACACCUGAUUCAGCCUGUUUGAAAUAAAUAUGAAUCUUUUUAGAUGUCUAGUUCCUUAUUUUCCAUCUUUUGGCUACUUCCUAUCUCUGCCAGGGGCACUGUAGGGUUGGCAAGGGCCUGCUGCUUCGGCUGUGUUCCCACGUCUCUAGGUGAAACAUGUCAUCCCUCCUUCCCUCCUCCUGCUUAUUACCCAGCCAGAGAGAAUGUUUUGUGCAUCUUUUACAGUGAUGUCUGUAAUGUAGCUGUGCCCCUUAACAGUCUUAUGUUGAUUAAAGAUGAUUACUUAAGAUUUUUGUUUGAGAGGCAUCAAAAUGGUGGUAGUUUCCUUUAUCCUUCUGUGUUCAUUUUCUUUUAGCAGAUGACCUUUCUGCAUUAGGAACUGUUAGUUUUACUUUUUCUCCUCUGUGGAGAGCAAGGGCACCUUUCCUUUUGAAAAGAGUUUAAUGAAGGAGUUGGCAGGUGAUUGCUAACUCUUUGAAAAGAAUGGGGAUCUGAAUCGCUUCCGAACUUCUUUGGCCAGGAACUCCUGAUUGGCAAUAAGGUGAUGAUUUCUCUCACAUGAUUUACUUAGUCAUAGAAUUUUAGAGCUAGAUGAGAUUUUAGUUGUCUCAUUAACUGAUGAGGUUAGGAGUUUCAUUUCAGAUAACAGCGAGUUAAUACCGGUCAAGUUGCUGACUCAGUGCUGCUCUGGUACUCUUUCUAUAAGGGUCUCAAUUGUGCUGUAUGUUUCCUUAAAAGGAGUUCUACUUGGUGUCUUCAGGCAGAUACUUGAAAAGAUAUGCUGUCUUGAUAAAUACCAUCAGAGUAUUCAAACUUGUUUAAAGGAGUGUAUUAAGUACAACAUUAUUUAGUGAAGAUCUUCAUUUUAACCCUUCAAAAACUACACUCAGCAAAAAUUAUCUUUUCCAUUAGGUGUAUAUAGCAAAAAUAUUUCAGACUGGCUGGAGCAUAGCAAACAGCCUUAUUUGAGAGAGCCUCAUAAAACAGUUCUGUGUUAAACAGAGGCAUUAAGCUCAUUAUCUAAAGUUUUCUGUAUGCUCACUUUUGUUCCUAUUUGAGAAUCUCACAAUUCUUUUAAAGAAAAUUGACAAAUGAAACGACAGGGCCUAACUGUGUAUAAAUGAUCCUUGCUAAAUCUUGAGAUUUUUUUGUAAAAAAAAAAAAAAAAAAAUCAAAAAGCUUAUUUUCACAUUAAAAUGGAAAUGUCUUUUGGAACUUCAGAAUUCUAUGGAAAAGCAGUUUUUAUCAUAUUUUGUGUCCAUGCAUCUUUUUUCUUAAGAAAAUGGUUUACAAAAAAGAACGUAAACAGUUUGUGAUCUGGCCAGUUGUACUUUUAGCUCCCGGAGGGGUAAGAUUGGUGUUCUAAGUUUAGAAAGAACAGUGCAGGAAAACUUGAGGGAGCAGUCUGUUGCCAGUGAUGUUUCUGUGUGCUAUUAACCACCUCCAUAUGAGGGGGGAGCAUUCACUUUUUAAUUUUAAAAUUGUAUUUGGAAUUGUUGCUGUGUACUAAAAGAACUUGACCUAAAUAAAAUCCCACAAAGUUUA